AGAGGGCUGAUCUGUGACCCUGCUUGAGCGAAUUUUUGGGAAGUGUGCAGGAUGGCUCCUGAAAGGGCAGGGGAUGAGCUUGUCUUCUUUGUGAAUGGUAAAAAGAUAGUGGAACAAAAUGUGGACCCAGAAACAACUCUACUGACCUAUCUACGAAGAAAAUUGGGCCUAUGUGGAACCAAACUAGGCUGUGGAGAAGGGGGAUGUGGUGCUUGCACUGUUAUGAUAUCAAAAUAUGAUCCCUUUCGAAAGAAAAUCCUCCACUAUACUGCCAAUGCUUGUCUCUUCCCCAUCUGUGCCCUGCAUCAUGUAGCUGUGACUACUGUUGAAGGCAUAGGAAACACAAAGUCCCGGUUGCACCCAGCCCAGGAGAGAAUAGCAAAAAGUCAUGGGUCCCAAUGUGGCUUUUGCACUCCAGGUAUUGUCAUGUCCAUGUAUACAUUGCUUCGGAACAAACCUGAACCCAAAAUGGAGGAGAUAGAAGAUGCUUUCCAAGGGAACUUGUGUCGAUGUACAGGAUACAGACCCAUUCUGGAGGGAUACAGGACAUUUGCCAAAGACUGGGGUUGCUGUGGGAGAGUAGCCAAUGGCACUAGAUGCUGUCAAAGUGAGAAGGAAAAUAGCAUGAAUGGGGGUUGCUGUGGAGGAAAAGCCAAUGGUCCAGGCUGCUGCAUGAACGAAAAAGAAGACAAUGUGGCAAUGAUGUCCUCCAGUCUGUUCAAUCCUUCAGAGUUUCAGCCUCUGGAUCCUACACAGGAGCCAAUUUUCCCACCAGAAUUAAUGACUCAGAGUAACAAGCAGCAGAAGCAGCUGUGUUUCAAAGGCGAGCAUGUGAUGUGGAUCCAGCCUACAACUCUCAAGGAACUGGUGGCCCUCAAAUCCCAGUACCCCAAUGCCAAACUUGUUGUAGGGAACACAGAAGUGGGUAUUGAGAUGAGAUUAAAGAACCUGUUGUAUCCAGUGAUAAUAGCACCAACAUGGAUCUCUGAAAUGCAUGCUGUUCAGCACACUGAAACAGGGGUCAGUUUUGGGGCUGCCUGUACUCUGAGCUCAAUAGAGGAGGUGCUGAGAAAAACGGUGACAGAGCUUCCUCCCUACAAAACAGAAGUGUUUCAGGCUGUCCUUGAACAGCUGCGGUGGUUUGCAGGGCCACAGAUCAGAAAUGUUGCAGCUCUUGGAGGGAACAUAAUGACAGCAAGCCCAAUCUCUGACUUAAAUCCUGUGUUAAUGGCAAGUGAAAGCAAACUGACUUUGAUAUCAAAUGAGGGCAAAAGGACUGUCACAAUGGAUGAGAAGUUCUUUACUGGAUACAGAAAGACAAUAUUGAAACCUGAAGAAAUACUUCUCUCUGUUGAGAUACCCUACAGCAGGAAGGGUGAGUACUUCUCAGCUUUCAAGCAGGCUUCACGUCGGGAGGAUGACAUUGCUAUUGUGACCUGUGGGAUGAGAGUCCAGUUCCAAGAAGGCACUAGCCAAGUGGAAGAGAUUAAACUGAGCUAUGGAGGAAUGGCUCCUACAACUGUCCUAGCAGUAAAAACUUGCCAAGAGCUCACUAGGAGAGACUGGAACGAGAAGCUCCUGCAGGAUGCCUGCCGCUUGCUGGCAGGUGAGAUGGACCUGUCUCCUUCUGCACCUGGUGGGAUGGUGGAUUUCCGACGUACACUCACGCUCAGCUUCUUCUUCAAGUUCUACCUGACAGUGCUUCAGAAGUUGAGCAAGCAGCUCAACGGCCCUAAUAAGCUGUGUGAGCCCAUCCCUUCGAACUACAUCAGUGCCACAGAGUUGUUUCACAAAGAUCCCAUUGCAAAUGUUCAGCUCUUCCAAGAAGUGCCUCCAGGGCAGGCAGCUGAAGAUAUGGUGGGCCGGCCUUUGAUGCACCUUUCAGCAGCCAAACAAGCAUGUGGAGAGGCAGUGUACUGCGACGAUAUCCCUCACUAUGAGAAUGAACUGUAUCUGACACUGGUCACCAGCACCAAAGCCCACGCUAAGAUCCUUUCUGUAGAUGCAUCUGAAGCCCAGACUGUCCCUGGAUUUGUUUCUUUUGUCUCUAUGAAGGAUGUUCCUGGGAGUAACAUCACUGGCAUCGCUAAUGAUGAGACUGUUUUUGCUGAUGGCAUGGUCACCUGUGUUGGUCAUAUCAUUGGUGCAGUUAUUGCAGAUACACAAGAACAUUCCAGAAGAGCAGCUAAAGCUGUGAAGAUUAAGUAUGAAGAGCUCAAACCUAUUGUCACAAUUCAGGAAGCUAUUGAAAAACAAUCCUUUUUUAAGCUUAUACGAAAUCUUAACAAAGGAGAUGUAAAGAAAGGAUUUGAAGAAUCGGAUCAUAUUUUGGAAGGAGAGAUGUACCUUGGUGGACAAGAGCAUUUUUAUCUGGAAACUCACUGUACUGUGGCUGUGCCAAAGGGGGAGGAUGGUGAGAUGGAACUCUUUGUGUCAACCCAAAACCUAAUGAAGACACAGGAGUUUGUUGCUAAUGCUUUAGGAGUCCCUUCAAAUCGGAUUGUGGUUCGAGUGAAAAGAAUGGGAGGAGGAUUUGGAGGAAAAGAGACUAGAAAUACUAUUUUGUCAACUGUGGUGGCUGUGGCUGCUUUCAAGACUAGCCGCCCAGUACGGUGUAUGUUGGAUAGAGAUGAGGACAUGCUGAUAAGUGGUGGAAGGCAUCCUUUCCUGGGGAGGUACAAGGUUGGCUUCAUGAAGAAUGGGAAGGUCAAGAGCUUGGAGGUGUCAUACUACAGCAAUGGUGGCAACUCUACAGACCUCUCUCAUGGUGUUAUGGACAGAGCCCUGUUACACUUGGACAACUCCUACAACAUUCCCAAUGUCAGUGGUGUGGGCAUCAUAUGCAAGACCAACCUGGCUUCCAACACAGCCUUCCGGGGCUUUGGAGGGCCUCAAGGAAUGAUGAUUGCCGAAAGCUGGAUGAGUGAACUUGCUCGGAAAUGUGACCUGCCACCUGAGGAGGUACGGAAGCUCAAUCUUUACAAUGAAGGAGAUCUAACUCAUUUUAACCAAAAGCUGGAGGGAUUUACUCUGCGAAGAUGCUGGGAUGAAUGUUUGUCGAGCUCUAGCUAUCAUGCCAGGAAGAGGCAAAUUGAAGAAUUCAACAGGCAGAAUCGUUGGAAGAAAAGAGGGAUGUGCAUUAUUCCUACCAAAUUUGGCAUCAGCUUCACUAUUCCGUUUCUGAAUCAGGCUGGAGCUCUGGUCCAUGUGUAUACAGAUGGCUCUGUGUUACUUACACAUGGUGGGACUGAGAUGGGUCAAGGACUUCACACCAAAAUGAUCCAGGUUGCUAGCAGGACACUGGGAAUCCCCACCUCCAAGAUUUUCAUCAGUGAGACAAGCACAAACACAGUCCCAAACACCUCCCCAACGGCUGCCUCUGUCAGCGCAGACAUCAACGGAAUGGCUGUCCACAAUGCCUGUCUGACUAUCCUAAAAAGGCUUGAGCCAAUCAAACAGUCUAAUCCCAAGGGGUCCUGGGAAGACUGGAUUAAAGCAGCCUAUGUGGACUGCGUGAGCCUGUCAGCCACAGGAUUUUAUAGAAUUCCUGAUCUUGGCUACAGUUUUGAGACAAAUGAAGGGAGACCAUUCUGCUACUUUAGUUAUGGUGUUGCUUGUUCUGAGGUGGAGAUAGAUUGUCUGACCGGUGACCACAAGAACAUUCGCACAGACAUUGUUAUGGAUGUUGGUACCAGUUUGAACCCAGCCAUAGAUAUAGGACAGAUAGAAGGAGCUUUUGUCCAAGGCCUCGGGCUCUUCACCAUGGAGGAGUUGCGCUAUUCUCCGGAAGGGAACUUGUAUACUCGUGGGCCUGGGAUGUACAAAAUCCCAGCAUUUGGAGACAUUCCAGCAGAAUUCUAUGUGUCUCUUCUCCGUGACUGUCCGAACAGCAAGGCAAUUUAUUCAUCCAAGGCUGUAGGAGAGCCUCCUCUGUUCCUGUCUGCCUCAGUCUUUUAUGCCAUUAAAGAUGCCAUCUACUCAGCGAGAAAGGAUGCUGGCGUGACUGAACCGUUCAGGCUGGACAGCCCUGCCACCCCGGAGAGGAUCCGCAAUGCUUGUGUGGACAUGUUCACCAAAAUGUGUCCAUCUGCUGAGCCAGGAACCUUCAAGCCAUGGUCUGUUCGUGUGUAAAAGCAAAGUCUGAGGAGCAAUCUUUCCUCAGGAAACUGGGCUUACACCAGAGGGACCACAAGGCAGUAGGACUAUAAUGGAAAAAAAAAA